AUGUGGCUUCUUUCGCUAUAUAAUGAUAAAGAUGUGAAGAAUGAAUUACAUGCUAUAUUCAAGUUUGGUAUACCUCUUAUGAUUACUUUUUUAUUAGGCGUAGGUAAUAAGGUGAUUGACGUCUGGUUUGUCGGUAAUUUAAGUUCUGAAAUGUUAGCUGUUGUUAGUCUAGGCAAUUUAUUUACUGCAGUUGUUGGAUUAUCUGUAGGGAAUGGUAUUUUAACAGCAAUCGAUACUUUAGUAGCUCAAGCAUUUACAGGUGCUAGUAAUCCAUAUACGAUUGGCAUUAUACUUCAGAGAAGUUUAUUAAUCAUGUAUAUUUUUGGUGUAUUUAUAUCUAUUCUAUGGAUAUUCUCUGACACUAUCCUUUUAUCUAUGGGUCAAUCACCCGAAUUAUCUAAAAUGGCACAUGAGUAUAUCCUCUAUGUUAUACCCGAUAUAUUCCUUAGUUUUACCAUUACUAGUUUAAGAAAAUUUUUACAAGGACUAGGUGAAAUGAAAGUAACAAUGUACCUAAUCCUAUUUGUAUUUCCUAUAAAUAUCGUAUCAAAUUAUUUCUUCUUGAUUUACUUGAAUCUUGGUUAUAUUGGUGCUGCCUAUCAUAUUGUAUUUAUUGCAGUCAUUUUGCUUUCUGUAUAUCUUUUCAUUAUAUUUACCUGCACUGAUGUUAAGAGAUAUUGGCCUGGUCUCACAAAUCAAGCAUUUUGUCAUUGGGGAGAGUUUCUCAAAUUAGGUAUUCCAGGUAUGCUAAGUGUUUCUACUGACUGGGCAUUUGAAGUAUGUGCUAUCAUUGCUGGUGUACUUGGAGCAACAAGUCUUGCCGCACAAUCAGUAGUACUUAUUAGUAUUAACUGGUUAUUAAUGAUUCCAAACGCGCUAAAAACGGCCUUAGUUGUACGACUUGGACAUCAUUUGGGUGCAAAUGAACCAAAAAAGACGAAACUAUGUGUCAUUUUAACCACUGUAUUAGGUUUUAUGUUUGUCACAGUUAAUUCAAUGUUAUUAUACAUUUAUCGAUCAAAUAUUGCAUAUUAUUUUACUACAGAUGAACAAGUGAUUAUUGCUAUAAAAGACUUGAUGCACAUAGGCAGCCUUGCCCACUUUGCAUUGGGAGUUGGUAUUAUUUUGUCAGGUACAUUAAAUGCCUUUGGUAAACAGUCUAUUGUUGCUUUAAUUAAUAUCAUAUCUUACUAUAUCAUUGGAUUCCCUGUUGGACUCUUAUUAACAUCUCGUUAUGAAUGGGGCUUAAAUGGUAUCUGGACAGGCGUUGUCCUUUCAGGUUUAAUAAAAUCAUUAUGCGAAGCCUUUUAUCUUUUAUUUAUCAUCAAUUGGGAACAGGAAUGUAUUCUUGCAGUUAAAAGAAUUCAUAAACAGGAAGUUUGA